AUUUUUUUUCCAUGGAUCCUGGUGCUGCUUACCAGGGGGUCAACCAAAUAGCCAGGGUCUUGGAGGUGGUGGUAAUACAUACAAUGUUUUGUGAUAAUUAAAACGGUGCGAUUUAAAUAAACAACUAAACUGUUAAUUACAGUUUUAAAUAAAUUGGGGCAGUUGUCCAGUUAUGUGGCUGCAUACGGAGAUAACCCAGGACUAUAAUGGCAUCAACCAAAGAUCCGGAUAAAGGAUCUUUUAAAACUAAAAUAAUGUCUAAUCCAACGGAACAUUCCUUUAUCCCCAUGGAUAUCGUUUCCGGGGGUGUAGCAGGAAGACUUCGACAAUUGGAGAGCUUGUUUAUCAGUGGUCCAGUCCAAGGAGGAAAAAUAGGUCAUACAUUUUCUAUUGAAACUCUUAUUGAUGUUUUAUUGAUUUUAUAUGAUGAGUGUUGUAACUCAUCAUUGAGACGUGAAAAAACAGUUUCUGAUUUUAUUGAAUUCGUAAAACCAGUAGCUGCGUGCAUAAAAAGUUUACAACUAUGCCGCGAAGAUUUCGAAAUAAUAAAAGUAAUAGGACGCGGUGCAUUUGGAGAAGUUUGUGUUGUUAAAAUGCGAGAAUCUGACAAAGUAUUUGCUAUGAAAAUACUAAAUAAAUGGGAAAUGUUGAAGCGCGCUGAAACUGCGUGCUUUAGAGAAGAGCGCGAUGUUCUGGUGUACGGUGAUCGUCGUUGGAUUACUAAUCUCCACUAUGCCUUUCAAGAUGACAAUAAUCUGUACUUGGUAAUGGAUUAUUACUGCGGAGGUGAUUUGCUCACUUUACUCAGUAAAUUUGAGGAUAGGUUGCCCGAAGAUAUGGCACGAUUCUAUAUUGCUGAAAUGGUACUCGCUAUUGGAUCAAUACACGAUUUACGUUAUGUUCACCGUGACAUUAAACCAGAUAAUGUUCUAUUGGAUGCCAAUGGGCAUAUUCGUUUAGCUGAUUUUGGCUCGUGCCUUCGAUUGUUUGAAGAUGGUACUGUGCAAAGUAACGUUGCUGUUGGUACACCCGAUUAUAUAUCACCUGAAAUAUUGCGGGCAAUGGAAGACGGACAAGGUAGAUAUGGACCAGAAUGUGACUGGUGGUCGUUGGGAGUAUGUAUGUACGAAAUGCUGUACGGCGAAACACCGUUUUAUGCUGAAUCUCUAGUCGAAACUUAUGGGAGAAUAAUGAACCAUAAGAAUUGUUUUGAUUUCCCAACAGACGACACCUAUGAAAUUUCUGACGAGGCCAAGGAUCUUAUGAGAAAAUUAAUAUGCAGUUCUGAAUUCAGAUUAGGACAAAAUGGAAUCGAAGAUUUCAAGAAACACCCGUGGUUCAAUGGUGUCAAUUGGGAUACACUUAGGGACAGCACUGCUCCCUACAUUCCUGAAGUUUCCUCACCAACUGACACGUCUAAUUUUGACGUUGAUGACAAUGAUGUUCGUAGUUCAGACGCUGUGCCACCGUCGGCGAAUUCGGCAUUCUCGGGUCUCCAUUUACCGUUUAUUGGAUUUAGUUUUACACAAGGAAGCUGCAUGUCUGACUUGGGUUCUUUGACAGUCUUGCCUCCGCGAAAGGACAAAAGUAUUGAAAUCCUUGAAGAAGAAAAUAGUCGACUGCUGCAGUCAAUAGCUGAUUUGAAAAAUCAACUUGGAGCAGCGACCACAACUCCGCCUACUGUAUCUCCAGAUUCAAAUACUGCCACGAGAAAGCUCCAAGAUGAAAUAAAUACUCUUACCAAGCGGAAUUGCGAGCUCGAGUCACAAUUAAAGUCACUGGAAACAAAUACUAGUGCUGGACAACGUGAAUUACGGGUUAAAGAUAAUAAUGGUGAUGUAAGUAAAGUAGUGGAGCUUGAAAAAUUAAUUCGUGUGUUACGUGCUGAAAAAGAGGAGGCUACUAAAGAAAAAUUGGAUAUACAGGAGAAAUUAAAACUUCAGGAUAAAGAACUCAAAGAUGCAUUGACUCAGCGUAAACUUGCAAUGGCUGAGUACACUGAAGUUACUGAUAAAUUGUCAGAGUUAAGGCAGCAUAAACAAAAAUUAUCACGACAAGUACGCGAUAAAGAGGAAGAACUGGAGGUCGUUAUGCAAAAAGUUGACAGUUUGCGGCAUGACAUCCGUAAGGCGGAAAAAUUACGACGGGAAUUGGAAAAUCGUGUUGAGGAAGCGAUGGCGGAAACGAGUAAAGAGCGGAAAUUACGGGAAAGAAGUGAAGAAUAUUGUAAACAAAUGCAAGAAGAAACUGAAAAAAUACGUCAACGUUCUGUUGGUAAUGAUGUUAGUGCGAAUCAUGCUCUAGCAACUCAAGAAAUAAAUCGGCUUAAAUCAGAAGUCGAACAGCUUGAAAUACAAUACAAUGAAAAUUUGACGCAGCAGCAGAGUCGCUAUAACACUGAGAUACGAAGCCUUCAGGAACAACUGCAUGAGGCUGAGAGUAGACGUGAGUUACUUGAACGUGAAGUUCAAAUAACAAAAGAUAAAUUGGAUGCCGCGAGACUUGAAAAUAUUACAGACAGUGAGGACACAAUAAAUGAAUUAAGUAGACGUCAUGAGCGUGAAAAAAUAAUGCUCGCUGAGGAGAAUAAAAAAUUAAUACUUGAAUUGAAUUCAAUGACUGACAGUGUCAAUAGGAUUCAGGGUGAGAGAAGACAGUUGGAGGAAGAGUACGAGGAAUUAAGAAACAAAAAAGAAGCUAUUGCACAGUGGGAGGCACAGAUCACCGAAAUAAUUCAAUGGGUAUCCGAUGAAAAAGAUGCUAGAGGUUAUUUGCAGGCACUGGCGACCAAGAUGACCGAGGAACUCGAGUUCCUCAAGCAUUCAGGUGGCGUUGGCGGGGUCGGAAGUACUUCCACUAUGUCAGAUAAAAAUUGGAGGAACCGCAGAUCUCAGAAACUUGAUAAAAUGGAAUUAUUGAAUCUACAGAGUUCACUUCAGAGUGAAAUACAAGCCAAGCAAGCUAUAUCUGAAGAGCUUACUAAAACACGCUCAGAUCUUAUUGCUGCGCAAAAGGAAUUGCGAGACUUUAGAGUACGAGUGGAUUCAAUGACGCAUGAAGUAAAACGCAAAGAAAUGCAGAUCAAGGAGCUGCAAUCACGUGUUGAGACAAAUGAUGGUUUGUGGUAUGAAAUUCUGAUUUCUAGACUACAAAGUGCCCCUGUUUAUUGGCGCAACGAGCUGCGUGUGGGGCCUCUUGUUGCUCAUCAUCAAACUGUAUUUGUGACAGCUGUUCUACUCUCCACAACUACUGUAUCGUCAAGCAAAUUGUCUUCGUCACCAACGUCUUCCACUUGUACUUCUUCUUCUACUUCAAACAUCAACAACAACAACAACAACAACAACCACAUCAUUAGAACAAAACCCCAACGUAUCAUCGUACACCAGCCGUCAUCACCCUUACCAGUAAUACGUACUCCCCGCAUCACAACAUGUCGCUUAUUAACUAGAUUUGCUACGGUCAACUCAAUCAUCAAUCGCAAUGCUGUUGCCAUCGUAUCGUCGCCUGUCUUGGAACGCCCCACAUCCCAAAUGUCGUACCUGGAACACUUCCUCAAGGAAACAGCUGGCAGUACACGUCAUGGAAGUGUGGACAGUGUGGAGGGUGAUAUUGAAGAUAACAGGGCUCCUAGUCUUACGAGUAGCAAGAGUAAUCUUUCUGAACUAAGUAUAGAUCCAACAUCACCGUUGUCUCAUGAAUUAUUAAAUAAAUCAUCGGCACACAGUCAAGCAGCCUUGCAACCAAAACCUAAAUCUCAUCAAUUUUUAGUACGGACAUUUUCAGCUCCAACAAAGUGUAAUCAUUGCACAUCGCUUAUGGUGGGAUUAACGAGACAGGGAGUAGUUUGUGAAGUAUGUGGUUUUGCUUGUCACAUGCCUUGUUGUGAUAAAGUACCAGCAAUGUGUCCUGUUCCACAUGAUAAAACCAAGAGACCUCUGGGAAUAGAUCCGACCCGUGGGAUCGGCACCGCUUACGAAGGCUACGUGAAAGUUCCAAAAAUGGGCGGUGUUAAAAAGGGUUGGAUACGUCAGUUCGUAGUAGUGUGUGAUUUUAAAUUAUUCCUGUAUGACAUAUCACCUGACAGGAAUGCCUUGCCGUCUGUUUAUGUGUCCCAAGUACUGGAUAUGCGAGACUCAGAGUUUGGCGUUAGCUCCGUUCGUGAGUCAGAUGUCAUUCACGCUACUAAAAAAGACAUUCCAUGCAUAUUUAGGAUUACAACGUCUUUGUUGGAACCUCCGGGAUUACGAAAUCACACGCUGAUGCUUGCUGACACUGAGAGCGAGAAAACAAAGUGGGUCGUUGCAUUGGGUGAACUUCAUCGAAUUUUAAAGAAAAAUAAUCUUCCAAAUACAACGGUCUUCCGUGCAAAAGAAUUGUUGGACAAUACAUUGGCAGUUAUUAAAAACGUGAUGUCAGGAGCGAUUAUUGAUCCUGAUCGUCUAGUCAUUGGUACCGAGGAGGGCCUAUUCUGUUUAGAUUUAGAUCGUAGUGAGGUUGCUAAAGUUGGCGAGGGAAAGAAAAUAUAUUUACUCGAGUACAUUACCGAAGAGCAAUUAAUCGUGGUGCUUAGCGGUAAGCAACGUCACGUACGAUUAGUCCCAGUACGUGCGUUAGACGGUGAUGAAGUUGAAUGGAUUAAAGUUGCCGAGACCAAGGGAUGUAUUACUUUAACAACCGGUGUUGUAAGACGUAAUCCUCUUACCUAUUGUUUAUGUGUUGCUAUUAAGAAACAGAACGCCUCACAUGUUAUGAUUUACGAAGUAACGCGUACGAAAACUCGUCACAAACGAAUUCACGAAUUAAUGCUACCUUGUCAUGCACAAACACUUCAAGUACUUUCUGAAGGCCGUCUAUGCGUUGGUUAUCCUUCAGGAUUUUCAAUUUAUAGUAUUUUAGGAGACCAUCAUCCUAUUUCAUUGGUCCAUCCUGAAAAUACUUUGCUUGGGUUCUUAACUUACAGUGCAGUCGAUGCAAUGCGUUGUAUAGAACUACCUCGUGGUGAAUUUCUAUUAGUAUUUCAAACCCUAGCAGUUUAUGUUGAUAGUCAGGGAAGAAAAAGUAGAGACCGUGAAAUAAUGUAUCCCGCAGUCCCUUCGGCAGUCAGCUAUUGCGAGGGAUAUUUAUUGAUAUACAGUGAAACUCACGUGGAUGUAUUUGAUUGCACAACUGGGGAUUGGCUGCAAACGCUCAAUGUCAAACGAGCACGUCCGCUAAAUAAUUCGGGUUCUCUUACAACUUGCAUGAUCAACGAUAUGCCCUAUGUCAUUCACCUGAGUAAUUUACACCAAAGAGAAUUACUAAAUUUAACACCUGUAGACGGAAGUGGCAGACAAAUAACAAGGCCACGAAGAAGAUUUUCAUUGCGAGAAGGAAAUCGUGGCGCGCGUCCAACUGACAGACGUUCUAAAAUGAUAUCAGCACCAACGAACUUCAAUCACAUUAGUCAUAUGGGUCCUGGUAAUGGGAUACAAAUUCAACGACUGCUAGAUUUACCAACUACACUCGAGACUGCUGAUCAACAACAGUACUCCAGUCAUCACAGCACUUCCCAUUUACAUCAAACUCCACAGCAACGAUUUUAUAGUCCCGUCCAACCCCCCAGCAAACCAGCUCCUCUGCCACCUAGACAUCCACCUUCCGAUACUCGUCGGCUCAGUUCUCACAUGUCACGAAAUUCUGGAUAUUCUCCUCACAAUGGAUCAACAUCAUCGAGACGAGGUCCAGCACCUCCAAGACCAACAGCGACUCCACCAUCAUUACCACGUACACCUGUCGAUCAAACUGAAUCGGAAUCUUCACACAUGCGUUCUCAUACUCCAUUAUCUCUUGGCAGCAUCGCGUCUCUACAAGACAAAGAUCAUGCAACUGGUGGAAGUCCUCGUCAUUCAAUCGCAUCAAAUAACAGUUCAAAUCCUUCAACGCCGCCUAGUCCUGCUCACGAUCAUGGAUCGUCAUCAUACGAUUCAUAAAAAACGUCACCAUCAGCAUCAACAAAAAAUAAGUAACAAAAAAAAAUAAUAAUAAUUAAGUUUUAUUAAUAUAACGGCCGGCUACUUACGACGAUCCUUGCGUAUAAAAAAAUCUGGACAACUCAAAUUACACAAUAGUUGUCGUUAGAGUUUUGAAUAUAUAUGUAAGGGUGCAAAUUUUUACUUAAAUACUUAAGUACUAAGUAUCUCUUAAGACAACUUAGUAGGCAGUAAAUUGAUGGCUUACUUCAUCAAUAAUGCUAACAAAAGUUGCCAUAGUAUUACUGCAAAUUUAUACACACAUAUAUAUAAAUAUAUAUAAAUAUUAACAUUAUUUGAAAGAAUCAAUUAAUUGAUUAAUUGCCAAAUAACAAACUUAUGUUAUAAUUAUUAUCGGUUUAUAAUUAUCAUUAACGAGCUAACAAAUUAUUAUUAUUAUUAUUAUUAUUAUUAAAAUUGAAAAUAAGUAUUGUUUUAAUGCAAUUAGCUGUUUCGCGAUUAGAAAACAGCCCUAUUUAUUAUUUUUUAAUUUUUUAUAUUUUUUAUUUGCGCGUAUUCGGAUACUUUUUAUUAUUAUUACAUAUAUUAUUAAUUAAUUAAUGAACAAAUGAAAACCAAAACACGUUUCGUCAUGACAUUGAAUUUUUUUAAAAAUAAUAUUUUAUUUAUUUACAGAAAAUCAUGAAAAAUUUUUUUCCGCAUUAAUUGUCUAUACGUGAUCACAUUAAAUUAAUUGGAUCACAAUUGUAAAUAGUUUGAAAUGUUUUUAAAUAUUUUAAAAAGUAAAAAUAUCUUUUUUUAUAAAAAAUGAUUUUAUUUAAAAAUUUUCUUUUUAUAAUUUUUUAGUUUAUUUUAUUUAACAAAAAUUAUAUAUAUUAUAUCGUGUGUCGCGUAUUAUAUUAAUUAAUUGAAAAUCAAUCGAUUUAUUGAUAAUUUUUUUAAAAAUAAUGAUAAUUAAUUUUAUUUAUACAGUUAUUUUAAAAAUGAAAACCAGUCAAAUUAUAUAGCAAUAAACUUUUAGUCGAUUCUUAUCUAAUAAUUCUUUAUAUUUAUUGGAGAAAAAAAACUAGGCAACAAACGAGUUGAUAAUAAAUUUUUUUAUUAAUCGUCUUUAAUGAAUAUUUAAAGAAAAUAAUAAAAAUAGGUUUUAUCGAAUUAAAUUUUAAAAAAUAAUCAUAAAUGCCUUAACAUUAAAAAAGGAAAAUGAUGAAAAAAAAAAAAAAAAAAAAUUUUUAUAUUACGUCGUAAUGCAAAUUCAGACAUUACAAAAAUGUCUGACAUUACGAAAAUAGAAAUACACCCAGUGUGAAUAUAUAUAUUAGAUUAAGCAUAAUAAUUUGUUGCAAUUCUGAUAAAUAAUUAGUAAUAAAAAAAUAUUACAAGUCGUUCAAGAUAAGUGACUCGAUGCGAUGGAAUGCAAUGUCAAUAAAUAUUAUGCUUAUAUAUAUUUAUAAUAUAAUAUUUAAAAAAAAAAAAAUAUACGAUAACGAACGAACAAAAAUCCCAUCGAAUCAGUAAACUGAAUCUCUGCAAUGCUAGUUUUUAUUUACUAAGAAAGUCAACAAACUUAUUAUUAUUUUUUAAAAAAUAAAUUUAUGUAUACAAAAGUAUUCAGAAAUUUUAAACUUUUGACUUAAUGAUUAUUUUAUAUCUAAUCUUGACAUUAACAUAUUUUUUUUAUUUUAAUAAAAUUCAUCAUUUUUUACCGCAAUCUUCGUUAAAUUCCACAAAAGAACAUUUUUAUCUUAAAUUUGUUACAGAUGACGCAACCGUAGUUAAAAUAACCCAAGUAAUAACUUAAAUACCAAAUGACUAGAUACAAUUAUUUUUUUUUUAAAGAUAUAUGUGCGUAAUUAUAUGAAAAUGCAUAAUUACACAUGUAUUUUAAAAUUAAAAUAAAAUGAUUUUUGUUCAGAAAUUAUAGUUUUCAGUAAUUUCUGGUCAGAAAUUUACCAAAUGAGUAUUUUAAAAUAUUUAAAGUUAUCUUUCUCUGGUUGUUUUUUCUCUGGUUUAAGUCAAUAAAUCUCACGCUCACUCGACUAAUUAAUCAUCCCAAGUAAUUUUAAUAAUUAAUAAAUAGAAAAAUAAUAAUUAAGUGUGGUGUCAAUUGAUUAAUGUACGCAAUUUUUUAUGUUUUUUAUACUUGUAGUUAUCUCGGCUCUAUUGAAUUAGAUAAAAAUAAAAAAAUUAAAUUUUUUUAAAUAAACAUGAUCAAUUAACAAAAAUAUCCAUUGCGAAUUAUAAAAUGGAAGAAUAAAAAAAAAAUAUAAAAUAUCAAUAAAAAUUGUGGCUUCCAUAGAAAUAAAAUUUGAAAAAAUGAUAAUAAUAAACAAUAAACUGUUCAAUGUUCAGGCAUCAAAGUCAACAAUAAUUAUAUUGUCGUAAUAAAAAACUCAAUUAAUAAUUAUAAAAUAAUAGUAAACCGUUUUCGUUUUUACAAUUGAUACAAUAAUUAAAUAAAUAAAUAAAUAUAUAUAUAUAUAUAUAUAUAUAUAUAUAUAUAAAUAAAUUUUACAACUUACAUGUCAGACUGACUGCGGACAUUUGUCCAUGACCAUAAAAAAAAAAAAUAACGACUUUUAAAUCCAUAUAUCACGUUAAAGAUUGUCCUCACAUUGAACAUUAUUAAUUAAAACAUUAAAUAAUAAUAAUUAUUAUUAUUAAAACCAAACCUUGUUUAUAAUUUUGUAAAUAACAACUCAGUAAUUGAAAUUUAUAAGAGAUUAAAAUUUUUAAAAUUAAGUUAAAAUUUUUUCACAGCCUAAUUAAUUUAAAAAACAAACAAACAAACGAUUAAUUAAUUAAAUUGUCGGUUUAAAUACUUUGUGUACUUGUACCAUUAUAAAAAAAUGUUUUUGCACUCGACUGUAAAAAAUUACAAAAAAAUUAUUCAAAUGCAUAAUAAUUUAAAUUAAAAAAUUUUUUUAAUAAUUACACCGAGUUGUAGAAUAAAUUAGACUAAGACGUAAGUUCUUAAUUAAAAAAAAAAGAAAAAUUAAUUAUAAUUGAAGAAAUGUUCAUCUUAAUACAGUAGUUUAGAUAUAAAUAUAUAAAUAAAUAUAUAAUUAUUAAUUACUGGGUUAUUUGAGACCUAGUAAUUUAUUAUUAUUAUUAUAAAUAAAUAAUCUGGUCUUAAUACAGCAUUUGAGAUAAAAACGCAAAUAUAGUUUUUAGUAAACUUGUAAAAGUUAUUUAUGGCUCUUGUGCAUUGUUCAAAGUAUUUAUUGAUACCAAUUAUAAAUAUGAUUAUUAAGAAGAUGAUAACUAUGAUGAUGAUGAUGACGAUAAUCAUGUAAUGGAAUAAUAAUAAUAAUAAUAACAAUUAUUGUAAUUUAGUUACGGCGUUGUGUAACUGUAGAUUUUUUUAGAUAUAGAAAAACAAAAAAAAUAUUUAAUUACUUUUUUUUUUAUCAUAAUUGCGAUAAAACGCAUUUCAACAAUUAUAUAUAUAUAUAUUCAUUUUUUUUGUUUAAUAUAUUAUUUAAUAUGCAGCACAGAGAUCAAUUA